CAUGGGCAGACACUCUACGGAGACAGGUUGUUCCCGGAAGCUGUGGUUGAGAUCUGAGAAUUGAAAGGCAAAAGACUUCAUGCUGAAAAGGGUGUCAACAUGAAAGAGGAAGUGGAAACCGGCGUCAAGUUCAUCUCCCGCCUGGUGAACCGGCACGAAAAGUUAGCCAAGGGACAGGUGAAACGUUUCGGGGAGAGCUUGGUCACCGUUUUGUGUGAGCGCUUCAGCGAACAUUGGUACCCCGAGAACCCCCUCAAAGGACAGGCUUACAGGUGCAUCCGGAUCAACAAAUGGCACACAGUGGACGAUUCCCUCCUGAAAGCUUGCACCGAGUGUGGUCUGGAUUAUUCGGAACUGGCUUUGCCCCGGGAAGUCUCGAUCUGGAUCGACCCUGGCGAGGUUUGCUGCCGGCUGGGUGAGAACAACCCUCACUUCAAGGUCAACAACGAAGAAGAAAGCAGUGGCAAAGCGUCGCCAGAACUGGAAACGUCCGACUACCAUUCUGAAUCUCCCUCAGAGUGCUCAUCGGAGGAUGAGGGUCCGGCCAAGUCUGCAGCGGCAACACCAGUGCCGACCAAAAAUGAUCCGGGGGGAAGUAGUUGUGCCAAACAGGCGACUCAGUAUUUCUACAUGCCGUCUCCUCUCUGGGUCCCAUGCCCCCAGCCGUUGAUCAGUUACAUCCCAACCUACCAGCCCUACACCGUCUACUAUGUCGACGUGACCUCGAAAUCGCCUGGUCGCCGGAAACCCAACCCGAAUCUUGUGAAACGGCUCACCUACCGGGCAUCCAAAGCGUGAAGGCGGGGGGAGCUUGGGUAGUCCCGAUGGAUGAUAGAUCUUGCCAUUCUCUUCAUAACACUGUCUUAUAUGAUGUUGGCCUUUGUCUGUGUAGACAAACAGCCAGUAAUUUCAGAACCCAAUGGCCGUUUUGUUUCCCCCCGCGAUAACUGAAUCGUAGCGAUUCUCCUCAGAAGUAUAUACAAGUCGGGGAAAUCCUGACUGUAUCGUAAUCUCCUCCUUCCACCCUUGGACAUGGAGGAGGGACACUUUUAUUCCGUGGUGCUGAAAACAGUGUAGCAUUCCUGUUGUGUAUUAACCAGCACUUGUCUGUACAAGUCAAACCAGAGGGCAACGGUAUCCCAUGCUGGGCAGAGGUGAAACUUAGAACUGGACUUCUGGGGGUUUUAACCCUACUCUGGCAGGGAAAUUAAGUUUUUAGUAUUUGUGGUUGUUUAAAAAGGGGUUCUGUUUUCAAACCUGGUAGAGGGAUGAAAUUCAAUGAAGAAGAACCAGGUUACGGGAUUCUUGCCUUCUGUUUUCUCCGCAUCCGACUUUCCUUAAAAGGUUUCCUUUUCUGUGACACUGGAAUAGAAACAGCAGCUGUGUGUGCUUUUAAAAAAAAAACCCCAAAAAAUUCUGACUGCAAGAAAACUUGCUACGGCUUGGAUUGUAUGUAAAUGACUGAAAAUGGAGCAAAUCUGCAUAUGGUUGAUUUAUUUUUCUUCAUUGUUUUGGAGUUUGCUAGUCACUGUGGAGCAAAAACCUCACCCAAGCAGCUUCUGUCUUUUUACUAGAAGUAGUCUCUUGUGUUUUUACUGCCAUAUGGGCUAGAAACCUGCUUUUUUUAAAAACAAGAAAAGAGAGCUAAGAUUUUUAGGUUACAACAUUCAGGACCUGUUCCCAACUUCUGUGCUUGCACAAUGCAAUCCCUGGAUAUACGCAACUCUCAAAAUAAUACUUAACCUACCUCAAGAGAUCUAAAGAAGAAUGAAAUGAAAGGGUGUUUAAAUUUUUAGGGUUUUUUUGAAGGACUUGUUGUUGGGCCAAGUAUUAUUAAUAUUGUUAUUCGUGUCGAUAGUUAAUAUAUAUAUUGUCUUCUGUAAAUAACAAUCGGGGAUUUUUAAUUUAUGAAAUGACAAUACGUGUGUAAAUAACAUUUUAUCUGCGGGCUGGUUUUUAAUGCGCCAUUGGUAAUGCGUCUUGCUUUCUUUUCUUUU